UUUAGUUAUUUUAAUCGACGACACCGCAAUAGCAACAUUGUGAGAUUAUUUGUUAAUUGCGACAAGAAAUAUGUAAAAAACCGAUGCGUCACAGGCAUAAAGAAUAAGCCAUAUAAAUUGCACGAAAAUUGUUUCAUAUUUUUUUAUGUAUAUACACAUAUAUACACGUAUGCACGUGCUUCGUACCAAGCUGUACGCUUUAUACCGAUCUAAGCUAGGUCACCUAGCCAUACCUGUUUAGUUAAACACGUGAUCGCAAUAUGUGUAAUGUUCAGCAGCUGUGAAUUCGUCUGCUGGAUAUUUAUUUAAAGCUACAUAUCCUUUAUUCCGUACAACUUAAUUUGUGGGGGUAAUCUCCUGUAAUACUAAGAUCAAUAUUGUAAUAUUAAAGCUCGAGAGAACUUAAUAAAAAAAUCUGUGACUAAGACGUUAUUAAAGUUGUAUAAAAUAACCUAAAACAUGGUUCGCUUCAAAAAUAGGUACAUUGUUCUUGAAGUAAUACCACAUAGUAAAGAUGAUCAGCAAUUAAUGUUGAAGAGUACAGCUCUAUCUUAUGCAGUUCAACAAAAGGUUCAACAAUUAUAUGGUGAUUUUGGGGUGGCAGCGAUAAAAGAGGGCUUUGAUGCAAAAUAUUGCAACACAUAUACGAAAAUAGCACUGCUAAGAAUUAAACAUGGGCCUCACAAAUUUGUACUUCAUGCUGUUCCAUUAAUAAACGACAUAGGUGGACGAUUUGUUAAAACGAAUAUCUUAUAUACUGGAGCAACUAUGAAACAUUGUUUCCUUUUUAUCAGAAAAUAUCAAGAAAAGAAGCUGGAACGUGUGUGGUUAACAUUACGAACAGAAGCUGAGAGAAAGGAAAUGGAGACAGCUUUGAUGACCUUGACGCCUGCUAUGAAAGACAUUAAAUUCUCAAAGUUAUCUGCAGCAGAUAUCUUUUGCGAUUAUCGGCAAUCUAGAGAGAGGGAUCGUCGCCAGUUGUCGCUGCUCGUUGCUGGCAGGCCGGAAACCUGUCCACCACCAGAAACCUCCUUCAGAGAGAAGGCUUCGCUGUGUCCUGCGUCUACGUUCAGACCGCCACCAUCUGUCCCGCGUUAUUCCGCUUCCGCCGUCCGAGAUAGCCUGUUGUGCGGAUCGACUCGUAUCGUUUCGGAGCAGCAGCUGACGGCUUCAACCCGCUUUCGCGGAUUCAGAAAUUCGUACGUGCGCGCGCGAUACGGAUGAAAGAAGGGAGAAGAGAAGAAA